AUGGACUCAUUGUCAGAAUCUCUGACAAGUCUGGAGGCCCAGUUAUCAAGACUGGAAGAUCCAGUAGAAAAGGUGGCCGCCAUCAGAUCUCACAUACUCCAAACGACCCCAAAGACGCCAACCGUCGGAUGGUUGCACGCUUCACAGCUUACAGUCCCUACCCCCGCUUCGAACGAUUGUGAUACGCUGCAAAAAGGGAUCGACCGGUUACUCAUCCAACAUGAUCUCAAGGAGAUCUACAUCACGUACAUGGUAGAAAUGGCUCAGAAAGAUAUCCUUCUCUACGACCUCUCCCUGGACACACUGCGUUGUUCCAAUAUUGACCCCCCUCGGUCUAUCUGUCCCAGGGAAGGAAGCAUGAGAUGUGCUGCAUGUAAGCUCACGUCAUACUGCUCGAAAGAGUGUCAGAAGGAUCACUGGAAGACGCAUCGACGAGAUUGCAAAAAUCCACUUCGUGCAUUAGACUGGAAGCCGUCGUGGAUCCGAGAGAGGCGCACACCCGAUUUUGUAGGCGGUGGCUCGCGAUAUACUUCUACUUUGGGCCCCAUGAUGCGAAACAUGAGCUUGUGGGGAAACAUGCCUGCGAUCGAUCUCCUGAACUUGUCUCACAAUGAGAAAGACGCUUCUGACGAUUUGACCAUAGCAUUUAUCGGUUCCGGGGACCUUCGUGAUGUCGUACGCACUGUGAAUGAAGUACCGAUGACCUAUGCAGGGGAGCUCACCAUAGUUUUGAAUGACCAUAAUCCAAUGAUAGUUGCGCGGAAUCUCGCACUGCUGAUCUUACUCAGCAGCACCGAGAACAAGCGCAAAGCCGCUGAUUUGGCGGUUCAUUAUUGGUAUUCUGCAUUUGUGCCUGAGAUGUAUAAUGCGGAGAUGAAACUAGCUGUCACAAAUGUUCUAACCUCUUUCGAUGACGACUGUUCGCUGUCCCACAGUCUGUCUACCAAGUCACGACUUGAGGGCUGCCCGGGAAAAGCUGUCAUGUCCACCCUUGCACAAUGUCUCAUUUCUGAGAGAUCAUACGGAAUGACUGAUGCCCAGAACGAGCUUGUUCGCUCUCGGGUGAUUAAUGCCAAUGAAGACCGCUUACAUCGCUCAUACUGGCAGCUCGAGCCUUCUCAUCGCCUCGCAUUCCAUGAGUUCCGCGGAUUUGGGUUGCUCCUACCGUUCGGUGCAGCGAAUUCGGAUUUCAAUCACCCCAAUCGCUUGUUAUUCUCUCCGCAGGGCAAUUGGCUACAGUCUGAUAAACAAAACCCGCUAAACGGGUGGCACCUCCCAUCAGUGGUAGAAGGUGGAAAGAAGCACAACGCCUUGCCCAUGGACAUAUAUGGAUGUCUGUACUUCUAUGUCUCAGACCAGCUUCGCGAAUUCGCCACGCGCCUUUCUAACCUCCGCAUCACAUUCAAACUCUUCAAUUUGGACGCUUGUCAGCUGGCCAAAGAUAUUUGCUCCGGUGCGCUAUCUCGUCAUGAACUGUCGCCUGAUAUACAAAUCGAUCGAAUCGACACGUCGAACCUAAUGGAUCCUCAUUACCUUGACAUUGCUCCCGUUUUGAACGCUUGGGGUCCGUUGCUGAGACAGAAUUCUCACGCAACGUUAAUCGGCCACUUCAUUAAUUGGGCAGCUCGUCAGGAAGGCGCGGAUCCUCCAGAUCACGACCAGCCGUUGCUCAUAAGGCGACUCAUGGCAGACAAGCGGAUCCCGGGGAUGCCACCUGGGAGCUCUCCUCGGGUUGCUAAAGAGUUUGCAGAAAGGGCAUCAAUCUGUGCUGAGAUGGCUUACAGUGCUGUCUACGAUAACUCUAGGGCAUUCGAGCAAUAUCUCAACAGUCGGGAUCUCUCUUCCAUACUCCGGACCUCCGGCCUCAAAGUGAAGCACAGCCACACCGUCGUUCCGCACAGGCUGCGGGGCUCGUACGAGUCCGCUAGCGCGCUCCCUGAUUUCCCUGAUGACCAGAGUUGGUACCUGAAUGUGGUCGUAAACGAUCAUCUUUGGUCUGAGCGCUAUUUGGAACUUACUCGCGCUUGA